UUCCUUUGGCACCUCGUCUUUGUCCUGCCUGCUGCGCCGCGUCAUUCUUUUCUGCUGUUGGCAACGUCCUCGACACCCGCUUCUGCCACGAUGUUUUCCCUACCUCGGCCUGCCUUCAUUUCAUCACAACAAGAACGAAGCAGAGCCUCUGCCGACGCCAACUCAAACUGAUGACAAAAUGAUACGCAUACGUCCUCGCCGUGGCCUGCAUCCGCUGUACCAAACCUCGGACCAACGCACCCCCCUGCUGGAUAUGGCAAUUCCACCUCCUCUCCGCCCGCCUCCCUACGCCUCGCCACUUCCGUUACUCGUCGAUGUCGAGACUUUGCGAAUGUCUAGGCGAAACGCGCUACGGCUCCAUUCUCGAUGGUCCCCUUUCCCACCCGGUCGUGUCGACCUCGGCUUACUGUUACAGCGGAAAAUUGCCUGUUCUAGUAAUUUGACGGCUUGAAAGAGAUGGUGGAAUGGGUCGCGGGAUUACACAGCGAGUCAGCGACGGUCCUACGCGCGGUGUCAAUCAUCUCGAUGCAGGCGCCCAGGAAUGAAGAUCAUGGUCCAGGGUUUUGCUUAGACUACCGGAAGAGGCAAAAUCUUGCCUACGAAAUUACUAUGUCUGGUAAUUUCCAAGCCCUCAACCUUGGGUCAGCAAUCCGCAAGGAUCGAUAACACGUCGCAUGACACAGAGCAGGGUCUGCCGCGCUGGUCUCUUUCACUCCGGCGUUACAGUCAGGGGCUACGAUUACACGCUAGCGAAUUGCCUCAAUGGGCAAUUCACGUCUUGUCUGAACCCUAGACAUGGGCUCUGCCUGUUUCUGGCCUGGACUGAGGUAACAUCAACGAUGCUGGCCUCGCAUAUACGAGAUGUAGCGCAUGGCCAGGCUGUACGCGUAUCACGGUCUCGAACGACGUUCCGGGGCUCAUCAUCCUUGAGAUAGCAAGUUCCUCCAGGAGGGAUAGCUCUUGCGAGGCUCGUGAAGAAACCCUCCACCCGAGAACCAACUUGUGUCGGCAUCCCCGAACCAUCAGCCAAGGGGCAGCUUGUGUAAAACGCCGCAACCAAAUACGUAGGUUGCCACGACACCGAGCGGCCAGAAAUACAAAGCUAGCAACUUCCCCUCUCGCCGACCAAAUUCCCCUUUCGGGACGACUUACACCAUGGGAGGUGCUGUCGGCUCUUGGACCUCAAUGACAGUACGCGGGUCUGCCUAGACCUGGCGUUAGCCAAGGAUGAAAGGAAUCUAGGGUGCGUCGGAUAUCAGCUAAGCCGACUUUCUGAGUUAACAAAAUUACCUAUUCAGGCAAUUCACGUCCUGGCCUUCCUGGACAUUUGGCCCCCCCUGGUAUGACUUUUCGACCAGGUAACGCCGACAUUGAUUACCUUGCCUAUACGAGACGGGGAACACCGGAUAGCUCGAACUCAGCUCGAGGCACCGGCGCAUUAUUCCCGAGGCAAUCAAAAGUUCCGCCAAAUUCUUGCCUCAUGUGGUAUGGCUUGCGAGGUCGCAUCGCUGAUGGCCUCAUUCUCAUCCAUGCUCAGGGGGCGGCUUAGUUGUGCCGGCUGAAAGGUCGACCGGGCUCGAUAGAGUGUCAGGCUCAACUGGACAGGCCCUACUCGGUGUCACAAGAACGCCGAAGUUGUACGGCAGGUGGAUGGGUGCCUAUCGCAGUCUGGCGACCAUGGUUCAUUCUCCAGGGACGGCCUGGGAGCUGAGACCGUCCAGGCCAAGUUCAAAGCUGGUGACGUGGCUCGCUAGGUCUAGACAGGGGCUCAUGGCUUCGCAAUGCUGCGGAUAUGGCCAACCAUUCGCCCGGCAAGUCCGCUAUCACAGCCGUUGAUGGGCGAGGCGGAUCGGCAAUCACACACGAGAAGGCGCCCAUCAGCGCGUCAGGGGCAUCACCAAGGCUUGGAAGAGAAUAUCGCAUCAUCCUGAGUACCGCAUGACGAAUGAGUUGCAUUUAGCCAGUGGGCCAAGUGAUGCUGGCUACGUAUUCCCCUGUAGGUGUGGAAGCAGCAGGGUCUUCUAUGGGUUGAUGGGCGGAUGUUUUGGAUGAACAGUCGUGUCCAGGAGAGGAGGGGCUCAUUUCAAGACGGAUAACAGAAUCAAACUCGCAUUUCUUCCUUUCGCCCAAGAUGGUCCUCUCACAGUUCAGAGAAUUGGACGUCAAGUCCAUGGAACAGUUGUACGAAAAAAAAGAGCGCAAAAAGAGGCAACGCGCAGAGCAGAAACGUCGACACGAGCGCGAAGAGCAGCAGCAGCAACAGCAGCAGAAACAAGCGCAACUCCCAUCAACGGCCCUUGCAACACUACUUGGACAGACCGUUGGAGUUCUGGGUGCGACAGAGGCCCAGAUCACAAGCUGGACAAGCGCCGACCCUUUCGCUAGCACUGGCAACCUUGACUUUGAUUCCGGUGAGAAUAUUGGAAUCGCCGAAGCGUACACACAAUGCGACUUCGCGUCCUUGGAGUCCACAGAACCGUCUUGUGAGAUCGGUGGUAUCCUAUCGACAAUGCCAAAGCCUACCUUUGCAGACGGUAUCAACUCACAUUCGCCAUCUUGGAUGUCUUGCGCACCCCUACCUGCUCAGCCUUCCACAGAACGAGCCUCUCAUGACGAGGCAAAUCCAUCUUCGGCUGAGGGACUGCCAUUGGCUCUUGACCUAGCCAGACGGGCAACUGGGCAACUUCGCCUGGCAAAUUCUGUUAUCAGCGCCAUGAACGCAUCUGUAGUUGAAGUUGAAGAUAGCAGCGAGAGCUGCGAUAGUUGCAAUGCUGAUGAGACCGACGACGGCAGGGGUUCUGACGAUGAAGAGACCGAUGUUGAGAGCUGCCAUCAAGAGAUGGCAGUCCCAGGAUGUGAACUUACGGAAAAAGAUCUGUCGGGUAGUCCUGUACUACACGCCCUGUCACAAAGCAACCCCGCAGCGCCCAACUGCCCAGAGUGCCCAUCUGUUGCUAGAAACCCAUUUCUCAGCGACUCGGCAAAGACGCCAGUUGGUUCCUUGGGCGGGUUGAAAGAGCCUCAAACAGGUGAUUUUUCACUCCCUACCCCAGCGUCUGAUCACGCCUCCGAUUCAGGGCAAGUUGGCCAUAUUGUUACCUGUCGGAAGAAACGGGGAGGCGAGCCAACCGAAGGCGGCAGCGAGAGCUAUGAACUACGCCCGGCUAAACGAAUGAGGCCUCGCAAAGUUGACAACGGGACAAAAUCACCGGCUCUGCCACCCAGGACUUUACGCGCAUUGCCAUCUCGAGUCCCGGCAGAGAAUUCAAGUAAGAGGCUGUCAAACGAAAUUGAAAUACAGCCUCGUCGCUCGGCCGAAACACCGGAACGGUCUGAAGCGGAGGACCCCAUCGGUUUAAUACCCUGUGGCAACGACAAGCUGCGCCCUGAUACAUCAUUAAUGCACGACUUGGAUGAUACCUCCAAAAGAAGCAGGUGCAAGGAAGCAAGGCAGGGUCGCUCGCGAAAAAUAUCGCCUGUUCCCUCACUUCGCCCAAACCACCUUUCUAGGAAUCAUGAUCAGACCGAGAGGUGCGGAUUGGUUCCCCCUCCGCCUAUCAACACCACGGCGAACCUACCAGUAGCCACAUGUCAUGCUUGCGGCUUUUCUGCGAAACACCUAUUACGCAUGAUCAACACUUUCGAGGCUCUCAAUGGGGGUAUCGCUAGGUUGCCUGAUGGUGAAAGACGAAUGGACAUGCUUGAGCUAUUCCUUGGGUUCAUCAAAAACUAUGCUACGGAGAGACUUCCACACAACGAACUAAUCACGGGGGAAGACAAACCGUAUAACACGACACAUCAAGAUCAUUCAGCGGAGGUUGCUAUCGGACUGUCACACGGUGAUACAUUCAACCAGCAUGAUGGCUCGGACGACAACACCGAUGACAACGACAGCCAAAGCGACAGCCAAAGUGGCAAUGAUUGUUCUGAUCAUUACCCCAGCCCAGACAGGCUUGAAGAAAACGUUAAAAGGUGUAAGCGCCGCCGUUGGACGGAUUGGGAAGAGGAGCGUCUGCGUGUAUACAUUGAAGAGGGGAAGGAGUGGUCAUGGAUUGCAAAAAGGCUGCAUCGAAGCGAGCCAGCUGUGACUCAGCAUUGGGUGAUAAUGGAGAGGCAAGACAAGGAGGCAGCAAAGUGAUUCAGGCAUAUUUGCUACUAAGUUGCCAACGACUUCAGAGGACUGUCAUUUGAUGUCUUGCAAGACUAACAUCAAACGUAUUAAUGGAAGGUGGUAGAUAAUAUCCAAAUUGUAUGCAUCACCAGUACUGAGAUAAUUCAUACACACUCCAAC